UAUCAAAGUUGUUUACUUCGAGCACCACGAACACGUUAACGUUGUUCAAAAGCUCAAAAUCCCCAAACCAAAACUAAAGAAGAAAAGCAAACAUGGAUUCAAUUAACUUCAUCAAAGGCUAUGGCAAAGUACAAGACCUUGAACUCCAGCAUCAAUCUCCAAAUCCAAACACAAACACACAGAAGAAGCCCUUUGUCACUGCAGUUUCAAUCUUAGCCAUUCUCUUCUUGUCUCUAACCCUCGGUGCCAUGUUCGGAGUGCUUGUCCACAUGGCCGCAUCUGACCCACCAUCAUCAUCAUCAUCCAACUCGGCCGUGCAUGACACUGACUCAGUCAUCAAAGCCGUCUGCAACGUGACUCGCCACCCCGACUCGUGCUUCUCCAGCAUAACUUCAUUUUCAUUAUGUUCAUCUUCUCGAAAACUCACUGACCCAGAAGCCAUUUUCAAGCUCUCUCUCCGAGUCUCCAUCGCCGAGCUCUCUAACUUCAAGAAGACCAUGAUUUCGAAUUCGAACCAAGGGGCAGCUUUCGCUGACUGUCGGAGCCAGAUAGAGGAUGCGGUGAGUCGACUCAAUGACUCGGUGGUGGCGAUGGAGGUUUGCUCAGGAGGAGAAAAGGCGUUGACGGAGACCAAGAUCAGCGAUUUACGGACGUGGAUCAGUGCUGCCAUGACGGACCAAGAGACGUGCUUGGAUGGUUUGGAAGAGACUGGGUCAACGGCUCUUGAUGAAGUCAAGACCAAGAUGAAGAAGUCACAGGAGUACACAAGUAAUUGCUUAGCAAUUUUGGCUAAUAUCCACACCCUUCUUCGCAAUUUCAAUAUGCCCCUUCAUUGAAAAUUUUGUUCCUUUUUAAACUAUGUUUAAUGAACAAUUUGUGAUCUUACUUUUGUAUGUGUGUGAGUGUUUCUGAAGUUAAUUUGCUAUCUACUUAUCUUAUUUGUGCUUAUAAGUUGGAAAUGCAUGUACAAAUUGUAUAAGCAAUCCAUAUAUUAUAGUAAUGACUUUUUGGAUUGCAAUCU